GUGCAGAGAAGGCGGAUUGGAGCGCUGAAGCUUUGACUGGUGAGCUGGGCCCCGCUGUCUCUGGAGCUGCGUCGGACUCUGGUUCACUUACGAAGAGGAGGCUGCAGGGGAGGCCGCAGCGGAGACUCGCCUACGUGUUGUCUCCGGUAUCAGGCCUCUUGCCUGGGAGCCCAGCCGGAUUCUUACUUCCCCGCCCCGUCUCUCAGGAAUACUUCCAAGAGGCAGCAGCGAAGUGAGCACAGUCCCAUCUGCAGGCUGUAGAAACCUUUCCCGGACGGCCGCGGCGGGCAGGACCGAGCAGCUGACCCUUCGGAAGACUUGGACAUGCCGUUUGCCUCCUGAGAGGAUGGGCACUCAGGGCAGCCCUGUGAAGAGCUACGACUACCUCCUAAAAUUCCUGCUGGUGGGAGACAGCGAUGUUGGAAAGGGAGAGAUCUUGGAGAGCCUGCAGGACGGAGCAUCGGAGUCCCCUUAUUCCUAUAGUAACGGUAUUGACUACAAAACUACUACCAUCCUCCUAGAUGGCCGGCGGGUGAAGCUUGAGCUGUGGGACACUUCUGGCCAGGGAAGGUUUUGCACCAUCUUUCGUUCUUACUCCAGAGGAGCUCAGGGUAUCCUCUUGGUUUAUGAUAUCACCAAUCGGUGGUCCUUUGAUGGAAUAGACCGAUGGAUCAAAGAGAUCGAUGAGCAUGCCCCAGGUGUGCCCCGUAUAUUGGUGGGGAAUAGACUCCACUUGGCCUUUAAAAGGCAAGUACCGACUGAGCAGGCCCGGGCCUACGCGGAGAAGAACGGAAUGACGUUUUUUGAGGUCAGCCCACUCUGUAACUUCAACGUGACGGAGUCCUUCACUGAAUUGUCCCGGAUAGUGCUGAUGAGGCAUGGAAUGGAGAAGAUCUGGAGACCGAACAGGGUGUUCAGCUUGCAAGAUUUGUGUUGCCGGGCUAUUGUCUCCUGCACCCCCGUACAUCUCAUCGAUAAGCUCCCUCUUCCAGUGGCCAUCAAGAGCCACCUCAAAUCCUUUUCAAUGGCCAACGGAAUGAAUGCUGUGAUGAUGCAUGGACGAUCCUACUCCGUAGCCGGCAGCAGUGGCGGAGCCGCCGGCAGUGGCGGGGGAAGCAAAGGCAACAGCCUUAAACGGUCAAAGUCUAUUCGGCCGCCGCAGAGCCCCCCUCAGAACUGCUCAAAAAGCAACUGUAAGAUUUCCUAGCCGGGGGGAUGUGGAUAACCGGAGGCUGCUAUUGGCAAUAAACCCUACACGGUCAGUGAAGAGCCAUGUGAUAUGGCCGGGAGAGUCCGCAGUUGGCACGUGACCUUUUGAGGUGUUGGGAGGCGAUUACCCUAGAAGAGGUCAUUGACUACGUUACUCAGUCACCACCCAACCCAUGCAAUUUUAUUUAUUUUUUUACAAGGGUUAAAACACUGCAUGAUGGACGUUUUCCUCCCUUCCACAUCCCCGAGAGCGGCAGAACGUGCACUGUGCUAAAGGACCCCUCUUUACCUUUAUUUAUAAGAGUAUAUAAUAACUGACGCCUCACUUUUUUUUUUUUUUUUAUAAAUGUAACGCCUGAUCAUA